AUGCAGUUACAAUUCCUUGGUACGCUGGCUUCCUCAGAAAAAAGAAAAAAAUCACAGAGAUUUUUUUUCAAAAAUACCAAAUCUACAAAAAAUAAAGCUGGAAAAUCAAGCAUCAUGAGUUCAGAUACAAAUGUAAACAAAAGUGCCUCUCCAACUGCGACUGCAGAGGAACAGCCAGUUGAACCUGAUGGCUCCCUUCCUGGCUCAGACAAUAACCAAGAAAAGAAAGUAAGAUUAUCUCCAGCCAAAAUGUCAACCAAGAAUUCUACAGAUCUAGUUGAAUAUGUUGACAAGAGUCAUCCCUUUCUCCCCAUCAUUCCAAACACCCAGAGAGGUCAGCUAGAAGACAGACUGAGCAACCACGAGCGUACGAUAGCUUUCCUUCUUGAACAAGCCUUCCGCAUCAAGGAGGACAUCUCUGCUUGCCUGCAGGGGACGCAUGGCUUUCGAAAAGAGGAAUCGCUCGCCAGGAAGUUACUGGAAAGCCACAUCCAGACCAUCACCAGCAUCGUCAAAAAACUCAGCCAAAACAUUGAGAUUUUAGAAGACCAAAUAAGAGCUCGAGAUCAGGCGGCCACAGGAACUAACUUUGCAGUACAGGAGAUAAACAUCAAACACCUACAAGGAGUUGGAGAUCUUCGAGGAAGAGUAGCCAGAUGCGAUUCAAGCAUUGUGAAGCUUUCUGGAGACAUUCACUUAUUCAGGCAAGAGUACCGGCAAAUUGAGAAAGCCAUUCAAGAAUUCGUGCCCGCCCUGGAAACUCUUUCCAAGAACUUGGACAUGAAGGUGAUGCAGCUCUUAGGAAAGAUAGAAACUGCCAGUUCUGAGCAAACCUCAAAUUUAAAGAUGGUCCAGGGGGAUUAUCGCCACGAAAUGAACCUUUUGGAAUUCAAAUUUCAUUCACUUUCAAGUAAUCUGUAUGAAGAAGUCGAGAAUAAUAAAAAAUGGACAGAAAACCAAUUUCUCAAAUAUAGAAAAGACCACCUGGGCCAUAUAAAUGAAUGUCUGAAGGUGCUACAGGAGAAACUGGAAAAGUCUGAAAAUAAAAUGGAAGAAAAACUGCUGCAGCUUUCAAGCAAAGUAGAGAAUUUCAUUAACACACAGAAACAGGAAACACAACUAAGUAAAGUAAAGCAUACAGAAAAUAAAUUGUCCAAAAAGAUGGAACAAAUGGAAAAGCAGAUCUGGGGUGAAUUAGAGACAAUGCAGAAUGAAUAUCAAUCAGGAUUUAAAUCAAUUCAUGACUCUCUCAGCUCCCUCCAACAAAUACAGAAAACAAAGAUGGAUUUAGAGAAAUAUAAAGUACAGAAAGACCUAAAGAAAUUACAGCGCAAGAUAGUGGAACUCCAGGAAGUAUAA